UCUCACUAGCACCGCUCCUGUGAUUUCAGAGGAGCCUUGAGAUUCAGCAGCCCAUAAUUCAUUUAGUGCAAACAGUACAAUGCGUUAAGUGCCGUCGCUUUGUCCUCUGUGAGAAGUUGAAACGGGGCAGGGUAAAAAGAGACCCAGCAGGCUGUGCUUUUAAAAGACCGGAGGAGACUAUAAAACUGGUUUCAUGCCCGCUGCUGUAAAGGAUCGGCACGAUAUGAGCGCAGACAGACGGAGUGAAAAGGAUGAGCGUCUUCUCCAGCAGACCCGGCGCUGUUUGACACGUUUCCCGAGCUGGAGUCACUAAGCGGUCUGUUUUCCAAGCGGGGCCUCAUUAAAACAGUUCUGCUCUUACUUUUGAUGCCACGGAAAUGGGAUCGCACCAACGAGAGAGCGUGUCUGCGCUUUGCAGGAAAAGUUUGCUUUGGACAGUGCUGAUACUCUGGCUGAGCACGCUGGUUAACGGGACCUGGAAGACGGGACUUUACAAAACCUAUUCAGUCGGGACGCAGCUGAACAGAGACCAGACAGCAGCCUCCCACAGCUCAGUCUACCAGAAAAGGAACUGGUGUCCUCAUACGGUCACUAAGACUGUGACCUGCCAGGUGCAGAAUGGGACAAUCCUCCAGCGGGUGUACCGGACGUGCCCCUGGCCACAGGGAUGUGCAGGAGGCAGCUACAAGACCGUGGUCAGACCUUCCUAUAAACUGGUGUACCGCACUGUGACUUCCCUGGAGUGGAAAUGCUGCCCGGGAUUCAGCGGCGCUGCUUGUGAAGAAGAUGCAGGAAACCGGCUUGUAGCUCAAGAGGCAUUAAGAAAACCAUCUACUCUACGCCGGCCACCUGCACGCACAGGAGAAGCAAUCUCCAAUUGUCUCAACUGCAGUCGAAUCACUGCUAUGAGCGACAGACUGAACACGUUGGAGGAGAAGGUCCAAUUACUCACAGCUCCGGCCUCCAUAUCGCAUCGCCACCUUCAGGGUAAAGUGGGAAUUGCUCCAGAGACCUCGUUACUGAUGGGGGCUGUGCCCGCUCAGGGAGCUCCUGGUGAGCAGGGACCUGCAGGUCCUCAGGGUGAAAAGGGAAGAGAUGGGCUUCCUGGCAGAGAUGGGAAGCCAGGGUCUCGAGGGCUGCCAGGUCCUAUUGGGCCUCGAGGGGAGGCCGGGGCAAGGGGCCCAUCUGGAGCCCCUGGAUCAAAAGGAUCCCCUGGACCGGCAGGCCCCCGUGGUCCAACAGGACUGCCAGGAGGGAGAGGUCUUCCAGGCCCGCCUGGCCCACCGGGGCCUCCAGGCCCUCCAGGUUCCCCAGCACCAGCCAGUGCCCGCAUCCCAGAACCGGACCACAAUCGUGGAAAAGACCCUUUCUUCACCAACACCUUCCACGACUCUCGAGGGAUACCUGUUCCAGGACCUCAGGGGCCUCCCGGGCCUAUUGGUCCCCCGGGUCCUAAAGGCCCGGCAGGACCUCCUGGUCCAGCAGGACAAAAUGGAAAACCUGGAGUGCAUGGAACGCAGGGCCCCGUGGGGCCAAAGGGAGAACGUGGGGAGAGAGGACCUUCAGGUUACCCGGGAGAGAGGGGCUUGAGAGGCGAGCCGGGAGCACCAGGACCAAAAGGAGAACCGGGAGAGAAGGGAUUGCCGAGCAAUCCAAAUGGGGACGGAAUACAUCAGAUCAGAGAGGCGCUGAAGAUCUUAGCCGAGAGGGUUUUAAUCCUCGAGACUAUGAUCGGUAUUCAUGAGCCUGAUCUAGGGUCUGGGGAUGGACCGUUUGGCACAUCCUCCCCUAGUUUCUACAGAGAUAAGCGAUCAGGUUCAAUUCCACAUCGACUUGCUUCUCCUCUGUCCUCCGACACCAAGGUUCGAGGAAAGUAGCCACCCCCCUGGCUCACCCUGAGGAUCACAGGCGGGGGGAGGGGCUUGACUUCCCCUCCUAUAAGUCUCAUCAACACUCAACAGAGUUAGACGUUAACUGACACCCUCUCUGGGCUGUACCAUCUAAUAUAGGAUGGGGGACACCUCAGGGAAACUCCACUGGUACUCGACAAUGCCCUGCUCCAUCGGGAACCUGAGAACUAGUUUGAACCCCAUCCAUCGCCAUAACCAAACAAUUUACCUUUACACAAUACUUCCAGCUGCUCUUUCUGUUUUUCAUUUGUUUGGCUGCAGAACCACAAGCCUCACAAUUAGGAUGAUGAAAAAAAUCUGAAUCUUCUGUGGUGCUCCUCGAGCUACAAACGGUCCUGGAGAAUAAAGGUCAUUUAGAGUAAUCAUGUGAAAGAGAAGUCAGAUGUGAGAAAAGAGACUGGAUUUGAGUUUCUGUUGCUUUCACGAUGUAACUGCAACCUAAACAGAAUUCAUUAUUUAAGCACAUGGAGUCUGUACAGUUUGCGGGACAUGACUACACAAACAAAACUCCUCCUAUAGUAUGUAAUUUGUUAUGCUUCUAUCAUAUUGUUUAACUCAAUGUUAUGUAGUGCACUAAAAAGAUUAAGUGAUCCGUUCACUAACUGAGAUAAGUGUUGAUAACGGUGAUUUGUACUUUUCUGGUCGCUCCCCUCCUCCUCUAAAGUAUGUACUGAUAAAGCAUUUCGACAUUUAAACUGGGUAAACGUGCACAAACAUUUGCAUCUUGUUUUAGCCUCCACAUAUUUAGAAACGGCCAUAAAUGAUGUUGCAAUCUGGAAACAUGUUGAAAGGAAAACAGACCUCACAGGAUAUUUCAUGAUUUUUAGCACACACACACACACACAAAUGGAGAAAAUGGCAAAACUGUUACAUUAACUUGAAUAUACUUUUACCACUGUUGUGCUGGUAAACUGCUUAAACUGUUAUGAUGAAAAGACUUUUUUUUCUGCAUUUAUUGUGAAACUAUUUAAAAUGAACUGUAGUUUAUUUUGUAUGCUGUUGUGUAACCAUUUCAUACUUUUAACUUUUUUCUUGCAAAAUGUGUUACUGUGUUAAUAUAAUCCUGUCAAGAUGAUCGGUGUAAUAAAAUAAUGUCCACUGUU